AUGAGAUCUGCCAAGGUGAGAUCCACAGAGGUGAGUUUUGUGGAGGUGAGAUUCGCGAAGGUGAAAUCCGCUGAGGUGAGUUCUGCCAAGGUGAGAUCCACGGAGGUGAGUUCCGUCGAGGUGAGAUCCGUGGAGGUGAAAUCUGUGGAGGUGAGUUCCGUCAAGGUGAGAUUUGUCAAGUUGAUGUUUGCUAAAGGUGAGAUUUGCCUAGCAGGAAUCUCCAAAUCCUCUGGAGAGUUGGUCCAAGAAUGUUGCCUCCAUCAGCUAAGGAUCUGUUGA